CUCCAUCACAAGAACACAAGCGUAGCACAACUCAGAUAGGAUGCCGAAGAGGAUGAACAUAAAAGGCAUCUUUACAAGUUUGUUGAUCGUGGCGCCUUUAUUGCUGUUCCUUCAUGUAUCUUACUACAGCACCAUCACACCUCUGCUCAAUAGAAAAAACGCAGAUAGCAGCAGAGAGAUGCUGCCUUUCAGGAAUAUCAUCCCAAGCUGGAAGAAGGACUGCACUAAACAGGUCUACGUUCGGCCUCCGCCCUGGUCCGACAGCCUGCCCACCAUCUACGCCAUCACGCCUACAUACAAAAGAUUAGUGCAGAAAGCGGACCUGACACGCAUGUCCAAUACUCUGCUCCAUGUGGCCAACCUGCACUGGAUCGUGGUCGAAGACUCUGAAAACAAGACCAGUUUAGUUGGAGACCUCCUCAAAAAAACAGGGCUGAACUACACCCACCUCAACAUACCUGAAACUAAGAAGCUUACUUCCAGGGGCAGCAGGCAGAGAAACCUGGCUUUGAAGUGGCUACGGGACAAUUUCAGCGUAAAUGACAGCAAUGAAGGCGUGGUCUACUUUGCAGAUGAUGACAACACAUACAGUCUGGAGCUGUUCGACGAGAUGCGCUACACUAAAAAAGUCUCCGUGUGGCCGGUGGGCUUCACAGGUCAAAUGCGCUUUGGGUCCUGCAAAGUCGAUGAAUUGGGGAAAGUGUCCGGCUGGGUUGUUCUGUUUGACCCAAAUCGACCCUUUGCCGUCGACAUGGCAGGAUUUGCAAUAAACCUGAAGCUGAUUCUGACCAAAUCCAAAGUUACCUUCAGAUUGUUUAAUAUAGCAGCAGGAAGACAGGAGACCACGUUUUUAGGGGAUCUGGUCACUCUCAGCGACCUGGAGCCGAAAGCCGCGAACUGCACCAAGGUUUUAGUCUGGCACACUCGCACUUCAGCGCCACCGAAUAUUCUAUCUUUGGGAGACCCCAACAUUGAGUCAUGACACACAUUACCUGACUCAGGUAACUGCAGAUUUACAAACAUCUUUGGAGCAUGACUGCAUGACUGCAGUUGGACACGUUGAUUUCUUCCAUCCGCAGCGCAAUCAGAAACUUCCUGAGCUCAUCUGUUCUGUAAAGAUAAAUCUCACUUGAAUUGGUGGUGUUUUGUUUUGUAUGAGCAAGCAAUCAAAGAAAAUUAAUGUACGUAAAUGUACAAUGUAAUGUAAAAUUAAUGUACCAAAUGUUAGU